AUGCCCGCACUAUGGAGAACGAAGAUCGAGUCAUUGCCGCCGUCGAAGCUGAAGUCAUCGCCGAUCGGACCGAACGCUGCUCGAACCUGCCCGUCACCGCCGACCAGGUUCGUCAUCACACCCGCAUGGAAACGCUUCUCCAAGAACAAGGAUCGCGAAGCCGAAAAGAAUUGCCCACCCAGGGCUCAAUGUAGUAAGAUAAAGUUUUGGAUGUGCAAAGAUGUUCUCAUGAAUCCUCAUUGUGCUCCAAUAACAUUUUCAAUCAUGUGUGGUAUUAUGAUAUUCAUCCUCGUAAUUGUACCAAUAUGGACACUUGUGAAGAAAGGUGCAAUCAUGUCGUGUUGCAAAAGAGCACAAAGAGAUAGGGAAACACCGAUCAAAGGUCAUAAAAUGGAUAUACGAGAACAGCCGAAGGAUCAUAAAAAUAUGAUUACGAAGUGCCCUAAAAAUGCACAAAUCGAUGAUGCAACAGAAAGACUUGACGAACCAAUCGAGGCCGACAAGAUUAGCCAGAGCUCGAAGAGUAGCCUAUGGGAACCUUCGAUGAUGAUCGGUAUUGUCUGUAUCAUUAUUGUAGUCCCAGGAGUGUAUAGUUGUGAUAAAAUUAUACCGAUAUCACAUACCGAAGCGGAAUGUGUGAACAACUUAUGUCGGGUCAGGAGCAUCCAAGAUAUUUUCGUGCAUCCACUUGUGAAUACAGUAUGUAUACAGAUCAUGAACAAAGAUCAGAUCAUUACAAAAAUGUCGGUAAAAAUCGAUUAUGCAGUCAGAAAAUGCAUAAAAGGACAUGUGACACUGACCAGAAAUUCCACUAUUGUGACCCAAUCACAAAAACGAUGCGGAGGAAACGCAAUGUGCAAAGGAACAAAAUGUGAAAAAGUUCACAAAGAUACGUAUAUUCCUGAUUUGGGAGAAGCAAAUAAGUAUCCAGGGCAUUCACACUGUGCUGACAGUUGUGGAGGCUGGGGUUGUGGAUGCUUGUCACUUACGGCAGCAUGUUUGUUUUAUAGAAACUAUGCUAUCCCAACAUCCGAUGAGGUAGUGGAAAUUUAUAAGUGCGAAAACUGGUCAAAACAAAUCGCUGUGACGAUAGAAGUGAACGAAAGAUUCAAACCAGAACCUCACCAUUUAAUGGUACAAGAAGAUGCGGAGGAAAAAAGAACUUCGUUCUUAUACAAGGAAUUCUGGUAUAUGUAUCAGCUCAAGACUACGAAGACGAUCAUUCGGAAACUCAAAGACGUGUCGGAAAUGAUACGCGGUUCGAAUUCGAUUUUCCAGAAGAAUUGA